AAUUAGUCAUUAAUGUGGGCGCUGUCUGUAGUUUGUGUAUAAUAACGUUUCAAAUUUUGUUUUAGAUUUGUCCGAGCGAUAUCCCGUCACUAUGAUUUCAUCAAGUCAUUUGAACAAAAUUUUUCUCACUCUCGCCAUUGCGCUGACUUUCUCAGCUAUAGGUAACAAUUUUGAAUCUUUAAUGAAUGAUUCCAGCUAUAUACUAAAUUUUGAUCUAGGCAAGAAGAACAAAAUCCAUCACCACAGCUAGAAAGGAUAGCUCUGUCAGUUUUUAAACUGUUCUCCCUAGAUAGAGGUCCAGUGAGGAUAAUCUCUUAUUGAUUCGGUAUUACCACAGGAGGAAACCUAAAUUAACUUGAUUUAUACUACAGGAUAGCUGUCAGUUCUAAACUGUUCUCCCUAGAGGUCCAGUGAGGAUAAUCUCUUAUUGAUCCAGUGUUAUCACAGAAAGGAAUCUAUAUAAACUAACUUUAUUUAUACAAUUAUACUGGAUAGCCUUAUCAGUUCUAAACAGUUCUGGCUAUAUAGGUCCAGUUAAGCCCACCCCUAACUACUCCAUAGUGUCACUACAGUACAUGAGACAAACGGCGCACCCGGAGAAAACCAGUGGUGGUUGAUAGAGUCAAACUCACAUGCAUGGAACUGAUAAUCAGACAACUGUAUAUUUCAGGAAUCGAACUCCUGCGGCAUCAAGCCGUGACCACACAGACACUAACUACCGUGCCAUCAUAAACGUACGAGUGAUUUCAUUUUUCAUUAUCUUCUAGGGAGCGCAUUGAUAUGCAACGUAUGUUCUUACACAUCAGCACAACCUAAGGCACAGCAAGUGUGCGGGAAUAAUACAGUCAACUGCGCGACAGGCUACUGUUUUUCGUCAACUUACACCACGGAUACCGACCUAGUGGUGACUGUUCGUAGCUGUGACGACCCUAGCGACAGAUCUUGCCCAGAUGCUGAUGAUACAUGCGAGAAACGAACCAGCAAGUUUAACUUGAAAUCAUGUGCUGGAAUGUGCUGUACCACCGAUAACUGCAACAAUUAUACCCCCAGUAGUGCCACUAGUAUCAUGGUCGCAAAAUUCAGCCUGUGUGUGAUGGUCAUAGUCGGUUUCUUUCUAGCUUAACUGAGUUGAUUGGACGGCUGUUGCUAUACUUAUAACUUUAAUAGUUGUGCACUGUUACAUAUCGUUAUAAUAUACUUUGUGUUUUAUUUGCACAGUGGUAAGGUUAGUAAAGUUCUAAUAAGGAUUACUCUGUUAUUAGUUUGGAAAAAUAGAAAAAGAUGAAAAAGAGGCACAAACCCAAUAGUGUAACUUAAUAUACUGAAAUGGUUCACUGUUGCUAACUUGGAAUGUGUGUUACACUGUUACACCGGUAAUUUCAUGGUAACGACUUAUAUAUAGUUGUGGCACAGUUAUAAAGUGAUAAGCACUGUGAUAAGUUCUAAUAAGAAUUACUCGGUUAGUAGUUGAAACAUAGAGAAAGAGGCACAAAACCUAAUACGUACCUUAGUCGAACUUAAUGCUUCAUUUGUUAACUUUUGCUAUUCAUGUCAUUGUUGUUAUAUUUAAUUAACUGAUUUAUUUACUGUUGUUACAUACAGACCAGCUGACAAUGUAAUUUCAUAUUUUUUGCACAAGAAUAAAUUUCAUCAUCAAAGA